GGGAUAUAUCUCUCAAUAUUACAAUUAAUAAUUAAAUUCAUAAUGGGUUACUACUACACCAGUGCAUUUGCUGCAUCGCUAAUGGCGACGGUGAUCAUUGUCCUAAUCGGCGGGGGGAAUUUACGCACUUCCUUUGGAGCUCCAAUUUGCGGCGACACUCCGGCGACCGAUCAGUCCACGUUCGCCGGUUACGGACAAGGACUUCUUGACAUUCUGGUGGGGGAGACGGCAAGGUGGGUCCCAGAUAAGUUCACCUACGGCGCGACGGUUCCGAGAAAUGGAGGUCCUGGUUCCGCUUCAGGCUUUGGCACUUGCGUUGAUCAAGGACCCAAAACUGCUGAGGAUUGCAGGAAAUGUCUCUUCCAACUGCAGCCGCAGUUGGAGGCAUGCCUGUACACCUCUUCUACCGGCGGAGCUAGCUAUGAAGGAAGGUGCAUGAUUCAAUUCUGGCAAAAUUACUAGUAGUAACUAAGUUGAAUUAUACCAAAUAUUGGUGUUGUGUUUGUGGUGCGCACGUGCUAUAAAUAUAUGUUACACCUGACUGUGUAUGCUUUAGUGUCUGGGGGAUAUGGCUUUCUUAAUUACUUGCAAUGGACCAUAUGAUGUAUAUUGCGCUUUGAAGUGUAAUAUGUGCAACCUUGGCACAUGUAAGGAAGUACCAAUGUAUUAAUUAAUUGAUAGAAAUAUCAAAUCAAAGAAUAGCAACAAGAAUAUGUUGGCAACCUCCAUUGCGAGGAUAUGUGACAUUAGGACUGGCUAUUUGGUUCGGAUUGUUGUUUUUACUCGAAACCGAACCGUAUAACCCGGACCGAGACCUGACUGGGACUGGAUAGCGAACAAUCUAAUCUCAUAUUCGGGCUUAGAUUUGAGGUAAAAAACCGUUUGGGACCGGAUCGAAAACUGGAUAAAUACCAGAUAAGAGA